GCCCUUGCCAGCAUGGAGUGACCUGAAUCACCCCUGAGUCCCUGGCAUUCGGCAGCCCACAGCUCCUCAGCUUCUGAAGGAUGCCUACAAACACACCAGUGAGAGGUUUGGAAUCCACCGAGGCACAGGGAAGGAGCCCAGGCUGACCUCCAGUGUGCACGAGGGCAAACAUGCCUUUGAUUCCCAAGUUCUGUGAACAGCCUGCCCUGGCCCCUGGCAUGUGACCCCACUUCUUAUACCUGGGGUCAGGGGUUGCCAGGUUUGUCCUGGCCUCCCAAAGGAGGCAGCCUGUUUGCUUUUACCAUCUUGCCUUUGAGGAGACCUUGAUCCUCAUGUAAGGCAAGCCGCAGCAGCCCCUGUGUGCACAGAAGACCGCCCCAAGAGCCAGUGAGAAGGAAGUCCCCUCCCUGAUGGGGCCGCCUGAGCCCAGUGCCUGCACUCUGCAGGCAAUCAGAAGCGGGAGCUGCAGCCGGGACUGAAGAGGUUAAUGUGCAUCUGCCUCCGAAUGUUAAUGUGUCUAGGUGAUGUCAGUGGGAGCCGGGAAGGAGGGAGUGGGGAGAGCAGUUGGGCUUGGAGGCAGCAGAGGCUGCCAGGCUGCGGAGGAAGACCCCCUUCCAGACUGCGGGGUUCACAGCUCUGCUCUGGGACGAGGCGGGGGCAGGCACUGGAGGUUGCCGCAGCCUGCGUGGGUGGGCAGGAGCUCAACUCAGGGGAGCAGGCGACCCGCACCAGCUGAAUGGACCUGCACGCCUUGUUGCUGCCCACUGGCCCCAAUGCCAGCAAUGCUUCCGAGGGCCCUGACAACCUCACCUCUGCCGUGUCACCUCCUCGCGUGGGGAGGGUCUCCUACAUCAACAUCAUCAUGCCUUCAGUGUUCGGCACCAUCUGCCUCCUGGGCAUCGUGGGGAACUCCACGGUCAUCUUUGCAGUGGUGAAGAAGUCCAAGCUGCACUGGUGCAGCAACGUCCCCGAUAUCUUCAUUAUCAACCUCUCUGUGGUGGAUCUCCUCUUUCUCCUGGGCAUGCCCUUCAUGAUCCACCAGCUCAUGGGCAAUGGCGUCUGGCACUUUGGGGAGACCAUGUGCACCCUCAUCACAGCCAUGGACGCCAAUAGUCAGUUCACCAGCACCUAUAUCCUGACCGCCAUGGCCAUUGACCGCUACCUGGCCACGGUCCACCCCAUCUCUUCUACCAAGUUCCGGAAGCCCUCAGUGGCUACCCUGGUGAUCUGCCUCCUGUGGGCCCUCUCUUUCAUCAGUAUCACCCCGGUGUGGCUCUACGCCAGGCUCAUCCCCUUCCCCGGGGGUGCUGUGGGCUGUGGCAUCCGCCUGCCCAACCCAGACACUGACCUCUACUGGUUCACGCUCUACCAGUUUUUCUUGGCCUUUGCCCUGCCCUUUGUGGUCAUCACCGCUGCCUAUGUGAGGAUCCUGCAGCGCAUGACCUCUUCGGUGGCCCCUGCCUCUCAACGCAGUAUCCGGCUGCGGACAAAGAGGGUGACCCGCACAGCCAUCGCCAUCUGCCUGGUUUUCUUUGUGUGCUGGGCGCCCUACUAUGUGCUGCAGCUGACCCAGUUAUCCAUCAGCCGCCCAACUCUCACCUUUGUCUACCUGUACAACGCGGCCAUCAGCUUGGGCUACGCCAACAGCUGCCUCAACCCCUUUGUGUACAUUGUGCUCUGCGAGACAUUUCGCAAGCGCCUGGUCCUGUCGGUGAAGCCUGCUGCCCAGGGGCAGCUUCGCACGGUCAGCAAUGCUCAGACAGCUGACGAGGAGAGGACCGAAAGCAAAGGCACCUGACACUUCUCCUGCCAUCCAGAUACCUCCUAGUCAGGUCACCACAGCAAGCCACGGGGAGACCUAGAGAAAAACCCAAGGCCACCCUGCGGGGAGGCAGGGAGGCUGGGUGAGGGGUUGCUGCACUUAAAUAUACUAUGGGGCCCACCAAUUGCUGGGGAGAACUGGAGUCAGCUUGGGGGACUUCUGACCUCAGAAAUGCCAUUGCGGGGAACAGGAUGAGGGUUUGGGGUGGAAAUGUUUGUUUGAAUGUUCCGUUGAGCCCUACAUGUGUUAGCUUCCAUGUGUCUUUUUCCCAAGGGAAGAGGUGGAAGGCUCCUAGCUGAACUUGUUUAAAAUCAGACAGGGCCAGCAGAUGGGCAGCAGGGCCACAUCGCCCAGGGCCCUGGGGAAAAGGAAAGAUGGCGCAGCCCAAAUGCACUUUCCCAUCUCUGGUUGGUGUUAGAGAAGGCAUCCUUUCUCCCAAGCUGGUGGGUCACAGAAAGCCAAGCCUGUUGUCUUCUUUCCAGCAUGCUGUGUUGAUUUCCCUUUCUCUCUAGGGGAUGCAUGUUUGCAUUGGGGGUGGGGCUCUGAACCCCACAGGAAUUAAAGCCCAUUUUGCUGAAAGAUCUGAUUAGGAGAAGAGGAGGGCAAG